CAAUAUAGGGCAGCACUGGCUGUGACUUUCAGGCUUCGGCUGCCGACCCCCGACCAUGCCAGCAGACCUCAGCGGCACCUGGAACCUUCUCAGCAGCGACAACUUCGAGGGCUACAUGCUGGCCCUGGGUAUUGACUUUGCAACUCGUAAGGUCGCCAAGUUGCUGAAGCCACAGAAGGUGAUUGAACAAAAUGGGGAUUCCUUUACCAUCCACACGCACAGCAGCCUAAGGAACUAUCUCGUUAAGUUCAAAGUUGGAGAAGAAUUUGAGGAAGAUAACAAAGGCCUGGAUAACAGAAGAUGCACAAGCUUGGUCACCUGGGAGAAUGACAGACUCACUUGUGUACAGAAAGGGGAGAAGAAGAACAGAGGUUGGAGCCACUGGAUUGAAGGGGGCCAGCUCCACCUGGAAAUGUUCUGUGAAGGCCAGGUGUGCAAACAAACUUUCCAGAGAGCCUGAUCCGGAUCCAGCGACAGAGCCCUCUGGAGGCUACCGUUCAGUGCUGAAUUGCCUUGCAGAAGGAAGGGGUGUUAUCUGCCUUGCUUAGACGAAGGGCCUUGUGAUUGGAAAGAUGUCACCCAGCCUGGACUAGAAGCUGUGUGACUACAGGACAACUUCAGCUGCAAUAAACCUGUCCAAGC